AUGUCGGCUCUUAUCCCACAACAUGUACGGGAUGGAUGCUCAACACCGGCCUUCGAAUUCAUCUUAGCCACUGUUUUUCACAGUAUCGCAAUGUACAAUGUCGUCGAACUAGAUUUAUGGAUCUGGAGUACCUUUGUGCGUAGGUCUGGGCUGUAUUUCUGGAGUUUCGUCAUUGCCACAAACGGAAUCAUUCUUUAUUCUGUCGGGUUCGUCUUGCUAGCCUACACCCUUCGAUCGCCAGAUUAUUACAUGAUAUUUCUUCUUGUUCUAGGGACAAUUCUCAUGGUUUCUGGUCAAUCUAUGGUGUUGUAUUCUCGUCUUCAUCUAGUAAGACAAGAACCCCUUCUUCUCCGAUCCGUUCUUCUUAUGAUCAUCAUUUUCGGGGCUGUUACACACAUUCCGACCAUGGUGUUUCAAUUUGGUACUACUGCGAAACCAUCCAACCUUAUCACAUGGUUCAAAGUUCUCUUCGUUUGGAGGAAAGUCGAAAUGAUGAUGUUUUGUAUCGAAGAGUCAAUUAUUUCGGGCUUAUAUAUCCACGCGGCCAUCAGCUUUUUUAGGCUCAAAUCAUCCGCUCACGGAAACCCGAGAAAGGACUUGGCUACACCCCUUCUAGUGGUCAAUGGAUUUGUUAUAUUUCUCGAUCUGACGUUACUUGCGUCACCUUUCGCCUCUUUACCUACGGCUCAGCCAGCAUACAGAGCACUCGUAUACAGCGUUAAGUUAAAGGUCGAAAUCAAAUUACUCAAUUCGCUCGUUAAGAUUACACAGCAUCCAACCGUCUUAACACUUCCGACUAUUCCACAAAGCUCAACGUCGGAAAUUCCAUUAGCAAAUGGUCAAGAGGCUUGA